AAAUCACAAUUUUUAGCCAUGAUUGAAUAACUUUUUGUAUUAUAGGGACUUAUACAGCAGGCUGUAAUCAUACUACACAGACAUUGUGAUUUCAGAAGAUUUUAUCAGUGAAGGUCAGAACAGGCAGUGCUGGUGUGGCGCAAAUUGAGUCAUUAAAAUCCAUGUCAUAUUAAAGAGCAUUGCGAUGACAAAAGUGCAUGUGAGUCAUGUUAGACGCCAUACUUGUGCCACCUGUCCCAUUACUAACAGGAACAAGAGCCUUGUCACAGAAUCACAUUAUUGUUUUAGCAUUAAAGCGUUUUCAGUGCCAUCUGGAGCACCACCCACAUCAUUUAACAAGCCCUAUGAACAAAUCAUAGGAUGAAGAUGUUUGCCUCUAAUUACAAGUGACAGUUAUUUGGAGAUUUUCAUAACACCCGUCAUUUCACUAGUGAAGCUACAGUUAAUUAAAUCACCCCACUUCUUGACAGGAUUCUGGAAGCUUUUUCAUUUAUGCAUUUUUUUUUUUUUUUUUAGAAACAGCUUUUAUUAGCAUCAUAUCAACCACUGUAAUUGUGUUACAUAUAAACACAGCUGACAUGUACCGACAUGCUCAGUUCUUACUGCUGUUAUAGAGAAAAUAGUAGCCAGCCAUGAAGAGAAUCGUUUUCAGACCGGGAACAAUGCCACCAAUCAGAGAUGGAUUUUCUUCCCUCAGCCUCCUGGGGCUUUACAUAUCUGCCUCUAAAACCAGAGCCACCAAAUAACCUGCAUCGUGCUUUGUUCACCUUUUCCAACCCCAGAUGAACAAGCUUUCUUAUCUUGCUCCAGCUCUUUCAGAUUCCUUUUCAGGAAAGGCUUAGGCUACUUGAUGCCUACACAUCAGUGCACGACUGACGCAUCCAUCUCAAAUUGGGACAGUGCAUGAGAUCAGAUCCCUUACAGGCACACACAGUCUCUCCUCCUAUUCUCCUACAACAGCAUAACUGAAGUCUGGUCUGACAUCCAGCAUCCUUGUCAUAUCACCAUCCCUCCAUCCACCCUGCAGGGAGGAAGACUUCCCAUGGGGAUGGUCCCAAAACAAAAAGUCAAAUCUGAGACCUAUUAAUAAAACAGGACACUCACAUUUCCAGCAUACUCACGCUAAUCUCAGGCAGCUGUUAUCUCUUAGCAGGAAGUGUUUUCUGGGCCCACUGCCGUAACGGGGGGCGCGUACCCAGUAAACGGGCUGAAAGUGAUAAGAUAGUUAAUGUUUGAGGGGUGAUCUAUCCACUCCAGAAUGUUACAGAACCCUGAGAGUCCGGGUCUGGGGGAUAUUCGUUGCUCGUGGCAGCCCACAUUGGGAAUGGAGUCCACUGAGUCCUACUAACCCAGGACAACAGGGCAAUGCAUGAUGGGGACCUCUCUGUACAGAUCAACGCUUCUGAGCACAGGUGGCUUCAGUGUGUCAGACUACAUCCACAAAUUCACAAAAAACAAACCAGAUGACAACAACAUUAAACCAAACAACAGUUUCUGCCACCAGAGCACACAGACUUCAGAGGAUGUUAAAGGAGUAAUUUCAGCUGAGACUGAACCCCAGCAGUCAGAGGUCACUGUUCCCACUGGUCCCAGCAGCCUACCUUUUCCUGAAGCCCUUACAGGUGAAAGCGAACCUCUGACACCUGUUAGUACAGGAGUAAGCUCCAAAGCCUUAAGAAAGGCCAAGGAGGUCACUGUGAAAAGCAGAGCACCUGCACAGGUCCAGACAUUUGCUCCUGAUAUCCAGCUGGAGGAGGAGAAUGACGUGCAUUAUGUACCCAAACAAGAGACAGAUAUCUCAGCCGCAGCGCCAGCUAAUGCUGAAUGUGUCACUGUGACAACAACUAAAGUGGAAAAAGAUUUGGCUCUUCCACAAGAGAGGGCUCUUGAACAGGCAGAUGCUUCACAGGUCAGUGUGGAGGCUUUACUCAAGUCAAUAGUUCCUGAGCAACAAGUGGAGCCAAAGGUUGAGGUUCCUCAAAAACAGGCUGAGGUUUCUCAGGUUGGUGAUGAGGCCUCAUUGAAACCGUCAGUUCCUGGACAGCAGCACCUAAAGAAGGAUUUUCCUCACAAACCUCUGCUCUCCACCAAAGAGCCUGUCGACGAGGUCGAUUCACAACAUAAAGAGACAGUGGAGAGUGUAACCCCUGUGCCAAAACAUGAUGAGGGAAAGACAGAAUCUGAGCCAGCUAACAAGAAAAAUGAAAACAAAACUAUUGAGAAGAUUUUGGAGUCUGAUGCAAUAAAGAACUGUGCAGCUACUAGUCCACAAAAAACAGCCAUUGUUGAGGGAGGAAAAGCAAAAUCGUCACCUCUUAGAAAAGCCGAGUCACAGCUAAUGAUCAUUGAUGACAGUCCACCUCUUCCAGCCCCAUUUGAGCAUCGCAUCGUCAGCGCCAAGCAGGUUCCCAUGAACGCAUAUUACGCCGUCAAACCCGAUGAGGUGCUUGGCGGAGGCCGUUUUGGACAGGUACACAAGUGUGCUGAAUUGUCGUCAGGUCUUACGCUGGCUGCUAAGAUUAUAAAAGUCCGGGGAAUGAAAGAGAGAGAUGAAGUGAAGAAUGAGAUUGGAGUAAUGAACCAAUUAAACCAUGCGAAUUUGAUUCAGCUGUAUGAUGCUUUUGAGUCUCGAACAAAUCUCACACUCAUUAUGGAAUAUGUGGAGGGUGGUGAAUUGUUUGAACGUAUCAUUGAUGAGAAUUACCAGCUGACGGAGCUGGAUGCCAUUGUGUUUACCAGGCAGAUUUGUGAGGGGGUUCAGUACCUUCACCAGCAGUACAUUCUUCAUUUAGAUCUUAAGCCAGAAAAUAUCUUAUGUGUGAACAGCACAGGAAAUCAGAUCAAGAUCAUUGACUUUGGACUCGCCAGAAAGUAUAGACCCAGAGAAAAGCUGAAGGUCAACUUUGGAACCCCAGAGUUUCUGGCACCAGAAGUUGUCAACUAUGACUUUGUGUCAUUUCCUACAGACAUGUGGAGUGUUGGUGUCAUCACAUACAUGCUUCUGAGUGGUCUUUCUCCCUUCAUGGGUGACAACGACACAGAAACAAUGAACAACAUUCUGCACGCCAACUGGGACUUUGAUGCAGAGGCAUUUGAGAACGUGUCAGAAGAAGCCAAAGACUUCAUUUCCAGCCUUCUUGUGCCCGCCAAAUGCAGCCGUAUGAGUGCAUCAGGGUGCAUGAAGCAUAGUUGGCUAAAUAACCUGGAGGACAAGGCCAAGAUGUACAAAGUUCGUCUAAAGUCUCAGAUGAGGCUUCAGCGUUACCUCGCUGCUCACCGUCAGUGGAAGAAACAUUUCUAUGCGGUUGCUGCAGCAAACAGGUUGAAGAGGUUUCAGCAGAGCAGAUCAGUUAGUACUCCAAAUUAGCUAUUAACCUGCAGUGUCUGUAGCUUGAGAGGACAUCACACACUGGAAAAUGAACUUGUCAGAAGAUUUGAAAUGGCUUUUUAGAAAGUGUUUAAUAUGUUCUUUCUUUGUUUAUAGCCAAUGGAAAAACAUUGUGUUAAAAAGUGUCACAUUUUCUUAAUGUACCUUGUUUGGAACACCAUUGCAUUUAAUUUACACUUCUUUAUCGUGCUUUCACACCAGGAGUGUAUGGCAUGGAUUGCGGUGUGAGCUUUUGAACCACAUGAAAAAGCUUGUGUCCCUUCUGUGAAGGCAUUUUUCUUGGGCACUACUGCCUUAUAUUUGUAUGUAAAAGAAGCUGUUUUUAUUCUCAAUCUUCAGUAUUGUAUUUGAGUAAAAAACACAGAGCAUGACGAUUUAAUGUUGAGAAACUGUAUUCAUCCUAUAUUUUCAAUCUUUCUUUAGCCUGUUGAUUAGAACUGAAUAAGAAAAUCUGAAAAAGAGACUCAACUGGCAUGGUAUGUUUUUUUUUUUUUUUUUAUUUGCAUUUAAAACAUUUCACUGGUUGUUCUGGAAUAUUUGAAUGUUAAAAAUGUGCUUUCUAAGAA